AAAUGUCAUAGAUACUGUUCCUAGAGGUCAAAACAACAGUUCAUGAAUUAGGAAGGGGAAGUUUGUACUUACUGUGUGUUUGAUAUGAAAGUACUUAGUUAACCUGCUUAAGUUCGUGCACGCUUCAGUUAAGAUGUGUCGAAUUAUUGAUGAAAGGUUCCUGCUGUAUAAUAUUAUGCUAGUUGUAUGAAAGGAGUAAGAUGGUAUUGAAAGUCUUGACCUUCUGUUAUGAUUGCCCUGCAGAUUAAUAUGGUACAAAAGCGUCCUCUUGAUGACGAGCAAAUAUUUGUUUCUUUCAAGCACCCAAGACAAGUGGGACAUAGUAAAGAGCUAGUUUCUUUUUCAGAAUCUGUUUUCGCUGGAGAUGUCUUUAAGCCGCAGACUUUAGAGGAUGGAUUGGAAAGAUGCACCAAUGGAGGUGAAGAGAAGCAUUCUGGUGAUGUCUAUGCUAGUCUUCCGACAGUUGGGGAGGACAUUAAGGCCAGUGCACCUGGAAGCUUUACUAACUCCUCAUGGACUGCCAGCACAACUCGCGGAGAAGAUUCUUUUCCCCAGGCACCAUGUCAUGGAUUUUAUUUCCCAGAGUACUUCAAUCCUGAGCGCCCAAUAAGGACUUUGGCUUCCGAGGAUAUUUAUUCUUUUCUGUUGGAUCACUCUCCGAGGAAGUCGGCCUCCAUUGGACCAGAGCAUCAAGCUGUUAUUCCUCCGUGGGGUGCACAUGGAGUUAAUAAUACUUCAAGUUCAAGUCAUCUAGAUACGUCUCAAUCAGUUGUUGACUCUGACCUUGAGAAUGAGAAACGAAUGAUGGGUACUUGUGUUAUUCCAAUGCCUAAUUCUGAAUUAUCAACUGACUGUGAAUCCAUAGUUGGAAGAGGUAGAACCGAUUGCAGCUGUGAAGAUAGGGCUUCUAUCAGAUGUGUCAGGCAGCACAUUCUGGAAGCAAGAGAAAAACUUAUAAAGAACAUUGGGCCAGAGAGAUUUGCGGAGCUAGGAUUUUGUGACAUGGGAGAGCAAGUGGCUGAGAAAUGGAGUGAUUAUGAGGAAAAGUUAUUCCACCAGGUUGUUUUCUCAAAUCCAGCAUCAUUGGACAAGAACUUUUGGGACAGUCUUUCAGCUGUCUUCCCCUUGCGAACAAAAAUGGAGAUUGUCAGUUACUAUUUCAAUGUCUUUAUGCUGAGGAAAAGAGCUCGGCAGAACAGAUAUGACCCGGUAAACGUAGACAGUGACAAUGAUGAAUGGGAGGGGAGUACUGUUCACGGUGACAACGAACCUGGGGUGACAGACGAUGAUGACUCAGUUGUCGACUCUCCUGGAUAUCAAAAUGAUCCUGGGUUUAUUAAAAGUUGGGGUGGUGAUAUGCAAGAGUAUGAUGAGGAUGUUGUGGAUGAUGCUUGUGAUAAUGUAAAUGUAGAUAUUUAUGGUGGAAGCGGUAAGCAGAUCUCAGAUAGAUGCCCAGGGAACUUGGUUAGCAAUGGUGGUUCCAGUCCCAUAGUUCAGUUUCAGAAAAACAUUGCUUGGGAUGAAAAGGGAGAUCAGGAGGUCCAAGACGAUUCAUGUACUUCCUUUGAGGCAGGGGUUGCCUCUCAAGAUAAUCAGCUGAGGUCUGAAAAUGGAGAUCAUUGGGAAGUUGGUUGUUUCAAUGGGACUAGCAAGCUAGGUGACCAUGAAUAUGUCUUGGAGCCUUGUGAUGCUAAAGUUUGGGACGCUGGGUAUUCCACUUGCCGAAAAAAUAAGGUGGACUUUUUGCCAACUUGCAAUAUGAUUGAAGAGGUUUUUGGAAAAGAUUCUUGGAAUAGCUACAAAGCAAGGGAUGGUAAGAACUUGAGUUAGUGUUGCUUGUCAUAUCAAGAUGGUUGGAAAGCAGCAUUGAGGUGUUCAUAUUCCGUGAACCAUCCGAAAGUUUUUCCGCAAAUUUUUUCUUCUUCAAUAUUUUAGGUUAGUUGAGUUUUUCCUUUAUGUACAUUUCGUUCGGUGGUAGAAGGAAGCCUGGCAUUCCUGUGACAUAGUGUAUUAGAAGGUGAAUCGUCUUCAUAUGUUUAGGUCUUCUUUAUGUUUUUUCUUUUAGCUAGGGUGGAAUUGGAAAGUUCCCUUCAUACCAUCAUAAAGAGAUCCAGAAUUGCCAUCCCUGUAUGGUUUC